AUGGAUAUGCCAUUUCUGAAACUGCUAUCCUAUUUUCUGCUUCUUUCCUCCUUUGAUCUGGCUUCUUCUGAAGUCCACAUCGCUGCUUGCUUUGACCACAACUGCACAAUUAAUAAAAACUUCACUUCCAAUAGCCCCUACCAGUUCAACCUUAACACUCUCUUCGGUAUCUUGUAUGAAAAGGCCGCCGGCGGUGAUACUCCCGAAUUCUUCAACACCAGCUCUGCCAACGUAUAUGGAGAGUUCAUGUGCCGAGGUGACGUCCCCAUUCAGGUCUGUCGAGAUUGCGUUCAGGACGCCAUAAAUCGAAUGGCCUCAGAGUGUCCCUACAACAAAGAGGCAGUCAUCUGGUACGACCAGUGCUCCCUCCGCUAUUCCGACCGUUCUUUCUUCUCCACCCUCGAUCAACUGCCGACAGUUAGCAGAGCGUUGUUAACUAGCUGUCUCCGUAAACCAAUGUCAACACAAUGCGGCGAGAUUCUACCCCCUCCAAACCCAGAUGCAUACACAGAAUUAAAUAAGACGUUGAAUGAUGCGGUGGUGGAGGCGGCGACGCCAGGUGCCAAGGAAUUUGCGACAAAGGAAGCAAACUUUAGUGGGGGAUCGCUGUACACUCUUGUACAGUGCACGCCGAAUCUGUCCCGACAAUUCUGUAGCGAGUGCCUAUAUGGCAUCAUGAAUCUUCUUGUUUCAAAAGAAAAUGCUUUACACGGAGGAACAAUUCAGAAUCUGAUCUGCAAUUUGAGAUUCGGAGAAGACCGAUUUUAUUACAAGGGCGACCAGCCUCCCUCCACGGCAUCUGAAGGUGAUGUCAUUAGUUUCCUUUUUAACUUUUCUCUGCACGGCAUCAAAACAAAAACAGGGAGAAGAAGACGAGGAGAAAGGGAUUCCCCUCACGUUUUUUAA